AUGCCCAAAGCAAUGAACCCUGAUCACAAGGCCACUGCUGCCCUAACUCCUCCAAACACCCCUACCACAAGAGCUCUAGAGCAGUAUGUUACAAGGGAAGAGCUCAGGAGCCUUCUAAUAGAGGUCCUUGAAAUGAAGGGAUCAUCACCUGGUUCUAGUUCAGCAAGCAGGUCUACCAUUUCUGAAAAUGGCAACAAAAAGGAUCAAGAGAAGGGAAGGGUUUGCACCUCCAAGAUGAAAUACAAAACUGUCAACAAAGUGUAUGCUGAGACCCAUAUAAUAUAUCAGACCUUACUUACAGAAUACAGCUGGGACAAGAAGACAUAUAACUACAAGAUAGUUGAUUCACCCCCUGCUCAAGACAUGAGUGAAUUGGACAAAUAUGUAUUCAUUGUUCAUAAACAGAUUUAUAAUGAGACUGGUGUGAUCACAACCUACAUCAAUAUCAAGUCAUCAGGUUUGCGAGACAUUUUGAGAGCCAUUCUAAAAGAUAUCAGGAUGGCUGACCUUGGGAUAGACAAACCUGUGGUCAAGCAGGACUUGUUGUAUCAUUUCCUCCCCAAGUUGAGAAAGUAUUCCAGCCCCUGUGCCGCGCAAAAUGACCAAGGGGAAUUUGCUGUGGAGAAUAUCAAGGAGAUCAGAUUCUCAAACAGCCCAUUUGACAUGUUAACCAUCCCUGAAGACAAGAAAACAGUCAUCAAAUCUCUCAUUGAGAGCUGUGUCUGUGUGACAAAUACAGCACACUUUGAUGACAUUAUCAAAGGCAAGGGACAAGGUGUCAUCAUACUUUUGCAUGGCCUGCCAGAAGUGGGGAAGACACUUACAGCAGAAGCCAUUGCAGAACAACUCAAACAGCCAUUCUACUCAAUCUCUUCUGGGGAUUUAAGUGCAAAUGCUGAGGAGCUUGAAGUCCAACUCACCCAUACCUUUCACAUUGCCAGUGACUGGGGGGCAGUCCUCUUACUAGAUGAGGCUGAUGUAUACCUACAACAGCAACAUGAUUUCACCACCUGUCAAGGUAUUUUCAACCACUUUCUCAGUGAAGCAAAGGCGGAUGUUGAGAAGAGUGAGCUUAGCAUAUUUGCUGAAAUUAGUCUAAAUGGUCAUCAGAUCAAAAAUGUUGUGAAGAUUGCACAUGAGGUUUCUGUAAAUGGUGGUGCCAAGCUGUGUGCAACUCACAUUCAAACAGCCCUGACAGCAAUUGGGUAUACUAUCCCGAUAAAGGGUGCUCUGCCAUUUAAUAAUAGCCUGUAUGAUGAAUAA